UUAGUUGUCCUUCUGUGUUGACUUCGGAGCUGCUGGCUCCUGGGAGCAGUGUUUGCACACAUCGUGGAUGCUCUUGCUGUCGCCUCGGCUGCCAAGCAGCCUGUUGGGCAGCGUCGGCACUCUGCUUCUCGGUCCGUCAGUGCCCUUUCUGGUGGUUUUCGUGGUGGUAGAAGAGGAAGAGCAGCUUAAAAAGGGGAAGUGUAUAAUCCUCCCCAUUACUGGCCAGUAAAUUCCAGAGCAGGCCCUUCUGAAAUAGUGGAAACACUUGAGCAUCUUGCAGCUCUUGAGCUGGAGGUGUCCUGGUGUGGCUGCUGGUUUUCUGGCCGCUUUGUUCCACAGGCAGAUUUGUCCUUUGCCUCCCGCUGGUUCCUCCUCAGCUGCAGAGAAACCUUUGGGCUUGUGGGCAAAUCACUGCUCCUCUCUGUGGAGGCUCUUGCUUUAAGAAACUUUGAAGUUUAAUGCAAAUCUCGGGGAGAAUAAAUAUUAGUGCAGGAGUUUUCUGCGGAGGAAUAAUUCAUGUGUAAUUGGUUUUCCGUUUGCUCUAUGCCUCCCGAUGCUGGAUUGGGUAUUUUUACUUAAAAACAGAUUGCACAAUGCUCCCCGGUGUCGGAGUCGGUCUGUAACUAUAUGGUUAAGGAGCGUGACUCGUACUGUUUGGAAUGAUGCUUGGAGGAGGUAGUUUAUUUCCAUGACUUUUGUACUGUAAACUGUAGAUGUUCUGUCUUCAGAGGCAGGGAGAGAGAGCUGAUGGGGAGUGAAGAUGUGCAGCGUGUGGGGGACGCAGAGCUGUCCAUGCGGCCAGUUGGUGGCACGUGCUGGCCUGGAGCAUCACUGGGGGCAGCUCAAUGGGCUGGGCAGUGACCGUGAUGUGAGACAACAGGAAUCGUGGGUGCACUGGGAAAAUCUAUGAACCCGCUUCUUGAAGGCAGGAGCUGCUGCAUUGAGCGAAGGGCAGCCGGCUGUGCCACCGCCGCUCGGCACCGUGCCCGUCCUGCACAAACCCAGCUACCAGAAUGAUCGCUGCACAGAACAGUAGCCAUACCAGGUGAACAGAGUGGAAAGAUACGGACGAAGCUCCUACCAUGCACUGAGCAGCACGGCAUCAAGCGCAGAGUGCUGGGAAAAUGUCUGCUUGCAACACCUUCACUGAACACGUCUGGAAACCUGGUGAAUGUAAGAACUGCUUUAAGCCAAAAAGCUUGCAUCAGCUACCCCCGGUAUCUGAAAAAAAAAACCCAUCACAUGACAAUCUGAAAACCAAUGCAAACCAAAGUAACAGCCAGCGUGGUAGAAAUACGGGAAGUUUCCGACCGCCUGUGGCAAAGAAACCCACGAUAGCUGUGAAGCCCACCAUGAUGGUAGCAGAUGGGCAAGGCCUGUGUGGCGAAAUCGGCCCAGCGGAUCAUGGUGAGAAUAAAUCGGUGCCCACAGGUUGGAACCGAAACAAAGCUGUCUUGCACAAAAAACCACUGAACAAUAAUAACGAAGAUGAAAUUGAAGGCUACAGCCAUGUUCCUAGGCCUUACGGCAACAAUGACGGCGUAGGUAAGAUACCAAAUAAUAAUAAUAAUGGACUGACAGAAGUUUUGAAGGAGAUCGCAGGUUUGGAUACCGCACCUCAGCUGACUGGAAGUGAAAUGAACUCGCGAGAAACCUUCUUGGGAAGAAUAAAUAAUUGUUAUAAAAGAUCAUUAGAAAGAAAGAUUCCUCCAAGCUGCAUGAUGGGUGGAAUGAAGGAUUCGCACAGUAAGCAUGUCAUUCUGAGUGGAAGCACUGAGGUAAUAAGUAAUGAAGGCGGACGUUUCUGUUACCCAGAAUUCUCUAGUGGAGAUGAGAGUGAAGAUGACGCGUUUUUUGGCAGCAUGCAAGAAGAGCACGAGAGCUGGGAUGAAAGUGAUGAAGAAUUGCUAGCAAUGGAAAUUCGCAUGAGGGGCCAACCUCGCUUUGCUAAUUUUAGAGCUAACACUCUGUCUCCUGUUCCGUUCUGUGUUGACAAAAAAUGGAAUACUGUGCCUCUUAGAAACAAGUCUCUGCAGCGGAUCUGUGCUGUAGAUUAUGACGACAGUUACGAUGAAAUUUUAAAUGGUUAUGGGGAAGAGACUGUGAUUCUGUAUGGGCAAGAGAGCAUGCAGAGCAUGGUAUCUUCCGAUUCUACAUCUCCUGAUUCUUCUUUGACAGAAGAGUCUCGUUCUGGAACAACCAGCAGUUCUUCACAGAAGCUCUGCAAUGGAGGAUUAUCUCCUAGUACUCCCCAGGACAUCAAAUUGAUUGAACCAGAAUAUGAAAGUCUCUGUGAUAGUCAACAAGUGAAGGAUGUGUCAAAAGCUUCCAGGAAUGUUCCAAAGAGUCUGGAAACCCACAAGGCUGUCCUUGCUCUUCGACUGGAAGAGAAGGAUGGGAAAAUUGCUGUGCAGACUGACAAACAAGAGAACAAAAGUUCUUCAGAUGUUAGCGGUCAAGCAGUAACUAUAAAUUUGGUGCCUGUGGAAGAGCAAGCUAAACCUUACAGAGUGGUCAAUAUGGAACAGCCAGUUUGCAAGCCAUAUACCGUAGUGGAUGUAUCAGCAGCCAUGACUAAUGAAUGUAAGGAGGGUCAGACUGAAACCUCAGAAGCCAAAAAUACAUCAUCUAACCCAAGUUCACCAGUAACCCCAGGCACACCUAUUACAUCCUCUGCAGCAUCACCUGCACGAGUCAAUGCUAAUCUGAAAAAAUCCAGUGCAAUCAGAUAUCAAGAAGUGUGGACUUCUAGUACUAGUCCAAGACAGAAGAUACCGAAGGUGGAGUUAAUUGCUAACAGCUCUGGACCUUCUGUUCCUCCCAGGAAGACAAGCCACAAGUCAGCUCCUACUUCGCCUACAGCUACAAACCUUUCUUCUAAAACUAUCCCAGUUAAGUCUCCCAAUUUAUCUGAGAUCAAGUUCAACAGCUACAAUAAUGCUGGCAUGCCACCUUUCCCCAUUAUCAUUCAUGACGAGCCCACUUAUGCUAAGAGUUCCAAAAACGCCAUUAAAGUUCCGAUCGUAAUCAAUCCAAAUGCGUAUGAUAACCUGGCUAUCUACAAGAGUUUUCUAGGGACCAGUGGAGAACUGUCCAUCAAAGAUAAAACUACCAGUGUAAUAAGUCACACGUAUGAAGAAAUAGAAACAGAAAGCAAAAUGACUGAAGCCAUAGGAGGCAAAGCCACGGAAUUUUCGCAGGCGAAGGCAGUGACCAAUAGCACUGAACGUAGGCUUGGUUCUGUGGCUCAGAAGGUGCAAGAGUUUAACAGCUGUCUCGGUAAAAGUCAGAUAUCACCACAGAGAAGUCACAGUUCUGACCACAGCUCCCCAUCGAGAAUUCAGAAGACAACACAAGAGCCUGCAGACGUGACGCCGGAGGCUUCUGCUACCACUGGCAGCAGCGGCAGAGAGAAUGCAAGCACAGUGCUUUCACAGAUCGUGGCUUCCAUCCAGCCCCCGCAGUCUCCUCCAGAAACGCCGCAGGCUGGACCCAAGUCUUGCAGCGCAGAAGAGCUGUAUUGCUUACCUCCUGAUGCAGAUGCUGCUAAAAACACCCUAGUACGGCCUAAAUCUCUGUUUACAUCACAGUCUGAAAUAGAGUCAUCCAAGACCACGGAAAACACUGCCGUUAAAACGCAGAAAGACACAGCUUCACAGCCAGCUGCCACCAAUUCUCCAAAGCCAGUGAGAGGCACCCCAAGUACCACAAGUCCCAAAACAGAACAAGCACCACCAUUUCCUCCUCCGCGGUCCACGUCCUCACCCUAUCAUGCAAGUAAUCUGCUGCAAAGGCAUUUCAGCAAUUGGGCCAAGCCCAACAGUCCCACCAGGUCGACAGAGGCAGAGUCGAUCCUGCACUCAGAAGUUCGGCGAGCUGCCGAUGCUAAGCCCAAACGCUGGAUUUCAUUUAAGAGCUUCUUCCGCCGCAGAAAAACCGAUGAUGAGGAAGACAGAGAGAAAGAAAGAGAGAAAGGGAAAUUGGUGGGUCUCGAUGGAACUGUGAUACACAUGCUCCCCCCUCCUCCGGUUCAACGUCAUCACUGGUUCAGUGAGGCAAAAUCGGACUCCAGUGAGAAGCCAUCGAUUGUUUUCAUGUAUAGAUGUGAACCAACACAAACCGAACCAAAGGUUGACCAUCAAUACAAGAGUGGAGUGGAGUCUGCUAUUGCAGAUGUACUUGCAAAAGACAAAGGAGAAACACAGGAGAAGUCUCCAGAGAGCUCUGAGCCGAAAAUAACGAGCCAUCCAUCACCACCUCAGAUUCUGAAGAAAAUCCCCAGCGCAUCAGAACACUGUGGAAUCAAUGGCUCGCCAGAGUUUCAAGACAUGAUUAAAAGACUCAAGAAGGCCCUGAAAGAAUUUCCUUUAAUGGGGAAUUGUGUGAGUGAGUACAGUGGUCAAGUGCCCGAUGACACGACACUGGAGGACCUGUCCCCUCGUGUCCCAAGAGCCGUGUUUGUGAAGCAGGACAAUGGUGGCAGUGCCUCGGUCAUACCAGUGUCAGCUGCCCGUGCCCCUCAGGGGGAGGAAGACAAAGAAGAAGCUUCGCAUCCUUCUGACUUGAAUCCUUGCAGUGCUACGUACAGCAAUUUAGGACAGUCCAGGGCAGCCAUGAUUCCACCGAAACAGCCGAGGCAGCCGAAGGGAGCUUUGGACGAUGCCAUUGCCUUUGGAGGAAUAGUAGACCAGGAGACAAUGAACAACUUACAGCCAACACCACCUCCACUGCCAAAAAAAACAAUUUUGAGAGCUAACACAGAGCCGAGUCCCAGAGAUCUUCAGAAGCAGGCUCUUGAGAACAACCUGUGCAUUGUGGCCAAUCCCACCUAUGACAUUGACACCAACUGGGAAGCGAGCAGUGCCUGCUCCUCGGUCAGCUUGGAGCUCAAGGCACUGGACAACGAGUCGGGAGAUUCCUUGGACAGGCCUAUGGAAAAGUUAAGGACAACCACCUCAGCAACUAACAGUGUUUCCAGCCUAACCACUAUCAGUAUUAAGGACCGCUGUUCCAAUAGCAUGGAGUCUCUGACGGGGAGACGUAUCUCGCAGUCCAAGCAGAGCAGAGGUAUCCAGAAGCCACAGAGGCAAGCACUUUAUCGAGGAAUUGAAAAUCGAGAAGAAGUGGUAGGUAAAAUCCGAAGCCUUCACACUGAUUCACUGAAGAAGCUGGCACUGAAAUGUGAAGACUUGUUCAUGGCUGGACAAAAAGACCAGCUGCGAUUUGGAGUGGAUAGCUGGUCGGAUUUCAGGCUGACCAGUGACAAGCCGUGUUGCGAGGCAGGUGACGCAGUUUACUACCCAGCUUCUUACGCAAAAGAUCCUCUCAACAAUUACGCAGUCAAGAUUUGUAAGAGCAAAGCUAAGGAGUCCCAGCAGUAUUAUCACAGCCUGUCUAUCCGGCAGAGUCUGGCCAUCAACUUUAACAUCCAGCAGGACUGCGGCCAUUUCCUUGCUGAAGUGCCAGUUCGCCUCCUUCCGUGGGAGGAUACCGAUGCACCAGAGGUGGAAGAAGAGCAAGAAGAAGAGCAAGAACCUGAGCAAAAGAGCGGAGGCACUCCUUCCAACGCAGAGGCUUCACAGAAGGACAGCUCAAGUAACCAGGGGACCAUCAGCAAGCCACGCAGCCGUGUUGUAGUCAUCACGCGGGAGGUGCCGUACUUAACGGUGGCUGAUUUUGUGCGAGAGUCUGCUCCUCGCCAUGCCAAAAGCCCAGAUUUGUACGAGAGGCAGGUCUGUCUUCUCCUUUUACAGCUGUGUUUGGGCCUGGAGCACCUGAAACCCUAUCACAUCACACACUGUGAUCUGCGGUUAGAGAACCUGCUCCUGGUUCAUUCUAGACCGGGAGGCAGCCCUCCGAGCUCUGAGUCCGUGGAGCCCAGUCCCAACACCGCUUGCCCAGCCAGGUUAAUCGUGAGCAAUUUCUCACAGGCCAAGCAGAAGAGUCACAUGGUAGAUCCUGAGGUCCUGCGGGAUCAGUCCCGCCUGGCUCCAGAAAUCAUCACUGCAACGCAGUACAAAAAGUGCGAUGAAUUUCAGACUGGCAUCCUUAUCUACGAAAUGCUGCACUUACCCAAUCCCUUUGAUGAGAAUCCAGAGCUGAAGGAGAAGGAGUACACUCAUGCUGAUCUCCCCAAGAUCCCUUGCCGCUCCCUGUACUCUCAAGGGCUUCAACAGCUUGCCAGCUGCUUGCUGAAUCCCAACCCUUCGGAGAGGAUCCUGAUCUCAGAAGCCAAGGGAAUCCUUCAGUGUUUGCUUUGGGGCCCACGUGAGGACUUGUUCCAUGCUCUAAGCACAUCUUCCAACCCAGCCCGGAAAGAUGCUGUACUUCAGAACUGGCUGGACAUCAAAAGGACGCUGCUGAUGAUAAAGUUUGCAGAGAAGUCCUUUGACAGGGACUGUGGAGUGAUUCUGGAAGACUGGCUUUGUUGUCAAUACCUGGCUUUUGCGACUGUAGACUCGCUUCAUCGCAUUGUGAGGAUCAUGCAGCAGCACUAGUUCAUAAGACCUGUUGCUUUUGACGAAGCACCUCCAGCCCAGCCCUCACUCCAGCCUGCCCUAGGGCUCACACUUUGAACAAGUGUUUAAAAAAAGGCCUAGAUGUCAAAGCCAGCAACUCUGAGCAAAUAGGUUCUAAUUGGAGAAACUGCCUUCUGUACCCAGUAUGACAGAAACUUUUUUGCCAGGCCUCUUAGGGAUUCAUUUUAUACAUGAGACUGCAUUUGGAUCAGACGCUUUGUAACUAGAUAAAUAUCUGGAUGAAAAGGAGAGCAAACUUCAAUACCACUAUUUCUAUAACUACAGUAAACAAAUUGCCCUCCUCUUCUGGGUAGCUUCUGCCAUUUCUGUGUGUAGCAUUGGUAGUGAAUAGCAGUGACUGUUAGCAGGGAUGGAUUAGUUGUAAAUGGGAGAUGAAUGACCCACAUUGCCCCAUUGCUUUCAUUCCACAUCCCAUGCAAGAUUUCUUCUCAUCUAGUCCCCCACAGUCGGGCUGGACUCUUCUUUCCUUUGGUCUCAACCAAAUGGAUUCUCAUCUUUCCCUUACAUUUUAUGCCUUCUUUUUUCUGUGCAGAUGUGGUUGUCCUGCUGAUUGCACCCAUGUCAGCAGGCAGUAAGCAUCUGUGCUUUGUUCUCCUCCCUCCUUCCCUCUCUCUGACGUACUGCCUACCCACAUCCUUUCUAAUCUCAUCCUUGAUUUCAGCAACGUUGCCUUAAUUGGACUGUUAUCCUUGGCUUAAGACCUCUGCAUUAAAAAGCAGAAUAUGCACACUUAGUCUAUCCUCUUUCCCGUACUUGACACUCACCAGUCUGGACAGCUGAUGUACUGUAGCUAUAACCACAUUUAUACAAUAAAAAUACAACACAUGACGGGCAAUUGAAAUUCCCCUUCCAUCGCAGGAGGCACUAAAGCCUGACUUGAAAUGGACAGGCCAUGUAUAAUCUUCUCUGACAAUCACUGCUAUGAAUCGGGGUUGAAAAUAACAGCCACCUCUUCUGUUUUAUUUUGGUUUGCUCUUGUCACUUGUGCCAUAUUGCAAAGUGGGACUGAAAUUGGCUCCGCUGGUAUGUUGGCAGGAGAUAGAAGUGUUUAGAGCUCGUCUGUGUGUAGCUAACAGGCCACAUGGAGACACUUUUACUGCAGACACAGUUCUCCAAAGGGUAAAAACAAGGGGCAAAAACACUGUUGUUUAAUUAUCGAGGGAGCUGUUAAGUUUGGCAGCCACAACUAACAGUACCGUGAUCCAUUUUUCCCGCAGCGGUGUUUGGCUGCGCUUCUCUUGUCUGCUGUAACUAGUGUAUUCUCCUGUUGCUAUAGACAACACCCUCCUAAGAAUGGCACGUUGUCAGAACAGCUCAAAGAUCACUGCGGACAGGGUUUGGGACUAGAACAGGAAUGACUGAGUGUAAGAGACAAGAUUUGAGAAAACUCAACCUGAAGGAGCUUUGCAUUUUUAGAGACAGCUGCCGACUUCCUUCCCUGACCUCAUGGCUGUUUCCUACAGAACCUCUGCAGUUGAACAGACGAUAUGUUUGCUCAGUAUUGCUAGGCUCUGAGUUGUCCUCUGAAUCGCUCUGAAGAAUUCCUUUGGAUGUAGAGGAACAAGCGAUACUGAAUAUUCUAAGCCAGGUGAUGGAAAGCAGACAGCCCUAGUUAUGAGCCUGUGCUUCUCUUCUAUGGAUCUAUGUGCAAUUCUUGUAUGUAUUUUUUAAAGCUGUAUGUUACAGUGUUCACUUUACACACCAGCCGUUACCGGAUGCUAGAUCUGCAGCCCCUUCCUUUACUUUCCUGGCACAUAAAUGCAGCUAUCCAUGUGUUCCUUUUGUGGAUGGAUGUUUCAUUUUAAUUGUUAAAAACUGUGAGGAAUCAAUUCACUUCAGCCUUGAAACAAAUAGCCACUUUAUACAGCGUAUGCAUGCUUGGACCAGAUGCAUGGAAAUGGAACAAACAGUCCUGCAGGCUUAAGGUCAGCAAAACGAGCUCUGGAUCCACACCGUUCACUUGGAGGGGUUGAGAUUUCUGUGUUAUUCUUCUCUGGCAUGUAUCAGAGCUAAGCUGAGUACUGUGUAAGCCUACAUCGAUUGUGCCGUAGUAUAUAGACAGUCUCUGUGACCUUUCUCAAGAUUUUUUGAAUCUUCUGAUUAUUAUUCUUGUGUUUGAUUCACCUGUAUCAGUGAAGGAUCAGGCAAGGAUAAGGAUAAUAUAUUUUCAUGUGAUAUAUAUUUUUUCUUUCUUUUCUUGGCAAGAAGGUAAGGAUGGCGGCAUUGAUGGGGAGGAAAAAUAAAAAAAAAAAGACUGUGCUUUAAAAGCCCAAGUGCAAUGUAUGUAGCUGAGAUACUUCGCUACAUCAGGAAAGAAAGUUUCUAUACUACUGCCGAGCAGCUUGUAGAAGAACCUUUACAAAGAGUCACACACACGCUGGGUGCAGCCCUGCUUUACCUGGAGGCAGGAGGGCCGUGCCCUCACGGCUUGCACACACUGAGCAUGACAAGCCACGUGCAUCCUAUCUGCUAGCUGUUAGUCGCAAUGCUGAGCUGAGAGUAGGGCUGCUGCUUCUCUGUGGUCUGGUUUUGUGUUUGUUUCGUAGUGCCUGUGUGCACAUAACUUCUCACCCAACUCACAUAGGCUGCUGGAGCAGUUCUUGGACCACUCGUCAUUGCAGUGGGCGCGUUCCUUGACGCCAGUAGGUCUCCGUGGUUACGGACACGUGUUUUCAGAGUCACUUUCAUGUCAACACGCACAUGCAAAGUUGAAUUUUGAAUGUUUUACAACCAUAUGUAUUUAAUGCAGCUGGUCCGAAGCCUUUGUAUCUCUAGCUAUCUAAUUUCUGUUUGUAUUUUUUUGUGAUGAACCAAUACUCAUUUUAACUCUGCAGUAUAAUCAAGCAUGGAUAGAUGUUCACUACCCAUCUCUUCUUGUGCAGCACUGGGUAAACUUUAGCAAUUUGUAAUGUUGUGUGUGUUUUUCUUUUUCUUUUUUUUUAAAAAAAAGGUCAGAGAAGUCAAACACAAUCUGGCCUGAGGUAUUCUUCUGGGGAGCUUGAGGCUGACUUUGCAGGUGUGCCCAUAACUCUGAUGCUGGUGAUGGUGAUGUUUGUGGUGGUCCUUCACCCUGGCAACAGAUACUGCCACAUAAAUAUCCAAGAAUGUAUGCAUUAAACUGAUCGUAAACAGAUCCUAAGAAUGCUACAGCAUAAUUGCGAAGCAAAAGGAAAAAAACCCCUUCUGUUUGCAGUUGAGAUCCUGCGUAUGGCAGGAACAAAACCCCUGGCUGUGCAUGACUUACAUGAAUACGUGCACAGAUCUUGAAUUUUUUAGCAGUCGCACUUUCAGUUGAGCUCACGAAAUAGGAAGAGCUGCAAAUCUAAAUAACAGUAUUGAUUGUAAAUAUAUAUUUUUCUAUUAAUAAAAGCUGUCAUUCAGAUAUUUUUAUCGUGAACUCUAGAAGAAUUUUCCAGUGGAAACUAACUUCUGGAAAAUCAAAUGCUUGCUUGAAGAACUAUGAGUGGCUUCUGAUCUUAUUAGAGCCAUUAAAAACCUCUCUAACGUUACAGAGAGGGCACAGUGAUUGGAUUCACAAUGUUUAGUGCCUUGUCCAAAAACUAAAACGAAGCCGGUCAGUUGGUGGAAACCUCAUCCUUCUUGUAAUAGCCCUCUGAAUAAUACUGCCCACGUUCAGAUGCAGAAGAAAUAAAUUAAAUGCUGUACUUUGUACAAUACUGAGCUGACUAUUCAAUGAGACCUGUUUCUGAAGUUUCAGUGAGGUGAACAAGCUCCUGUGAGUUGCUUGUAGUGCAGCAUAAACCUGAUUAACAACCAGAACUGUGGGCUUUCAGGUUUGGAACUGCAUCUGCACAGGGAGAACAGGACAGGUCAAUUGGUGAGACUGACGGCCGCAUCAAAACAAGCCUAAUGCUUUGACAAUCUGCUGCACACGGCAGCUUCCAGGAGACGAGGAGCUGCGUUAGUUUGGGAGAGGCGGUGAAGGUGAGGUGUGCCGAUCCCGAUGUCAGUCGUGGAUGUGCUGCACACCGCGCUCUGUGGACGAAACAUAUCCCUCUGCUAAAAGAGGGGUUCUGAAAAACCUGCUCCUGAGAUGUUAUGGAGGAUGGGCUUGUUCUGUCUUUCUUACAUUGGAAUUGCUUACUCCUCAGAUCUGAUACGGUCAAUAUGCAUAACCAGGUGAAUAUAAAGAGAAUCUAUCAGUAAAACCUUACCUGGAAAUUUUCAGGAGUGAGGGAAUCCGGAAUCUUAUUUUGGAGCCUCAGCAAUGUCCAUUACAGAGGCCUGGUCUCUUUUCAGUAUUCAGACACGAUGAAACCAACAACACAAGCUAGGAUGUGUUGUUGCUGGCCCGCCUGCAGACAGGAAUGCACACAGCAUUUACUGGAACACCACCUGCUGCUCCGCACAUCGCAGCAGCCCCCACCAGGUAUGAAUGGGUCAUUCUGGCAUUUUAACACAGAGGAAUUCCAACAUAUUAGAGAAAUACAUUAUUUAAAUAGAUCCGAUGUGUGUUACUAAUCGCCCACUUAGAGAAUUGAUUCAGCAGCUUCGCACCGUAGGGCCGUAACUUUAGCGUAUAAAAAUAGUAUUUGCUGCUGAAUUAAAAUGUAUCUGUUUCUCAGCUCUUGUGCUGAGAAGCCCCACUUAAGUUAAUAUAUUUUGUUUGCAAUAACAAAUUCAUAUGGAAAUAUAAAUUAAAUAGUUUUUAUUUAAAUCCGUUGCAGCUUUUCUAAGGGAUGCAUGGUAACUGAAUCAGACCAUUUAAUGCAAUUUCCUUCCCUCUUUACCCUAAACAAGAACUAAAAUGUGUAUCUCUGUACAAGCAGUGCGUGACCAUCGUUCAGUGCAUGAGCGGGCCAUGUGCUGAACUGAUUUUGCAAAGAUGGAGUUGGUUCUGCUACAGCUCCUGUAAAACCUACAGCACACUCGGAGCCCUUCAGCCCAUGGCACUGAGAGAUGCGAUGGCAAUGUGGUUAUGCAGUAACAUCACAUCAAAGAAGUGCAGAAUUAAGAGGUUUUAAUGCCUCUACAAUAAUUGACCUGUGGAGAUAUUCUGUAAGCUAUCAUCUGGAUUCCCAACACAAUAAGGAAUACAGACAAAGGGUUUUUCAGAAGAAAUCCUGAGGAGACAAUUCCUCUCAUCAUGCUCAGCUCCAAAAGGGGAACCAGUCUCUCCCGCUGCUGUGUUGCAGAGAAUUUCUGGUAGAUGUUUCUAUGGAUUUUACUCUUCACCUGGAUGCAGUAUUAGAAGGAUGGUGGUUUUAAAACAGACGUAGAAUGUAAUUUAAAUAAUUCCCUAUAAGCCUCCUUGCAUUGGUGCUCCACGCAGCAUUUAGAAACCACAGAAUGCUUUCAGAUCAAGCAGAGUCGCCAGUCAGAAAUGAAAUCUCAGCAUACCUGUACAUAAGCAUAUUCCCACUCUGUAGAAUGUGAGAAUUUGGAUUGUACUUCAGAUUAUGAAGAUUUCUUUUUCCAUAAACCCAAGGGGAAAAUUUCAGGGAUUUACGAGACGCUGGAAUUUAUUUUUUUUAUGUGGAAGAAAUAUAUGUUCACAUAUAUACAUAAAUAUAUAUGAGUGUGUGCAGGCACAUUUAUAUAUAUAUAUAUGUAUGUAUAUGAAUUUUUGUAUCCCAAAAGUAUUCUUUGCCCCCUUUAAUCUGAAAAUAUAUAUAUUAUAUAUCGUAUAUAUAAUAUAUAUUUAAGAUUGUGUAAGUUUGAAUACGGUCAUUUCAUAAGUAACACCUCUUCAAAAAUGGCUCGGACCUCUAUUGAUCAUUUGGCUUGUUGGUAUUGGAAGGUUUUGCAGUUGAAAUCCUUGGUUUUUUUUCUUUUAAAACUUAAUUAUGCUGAGCAUCUAACAGUAUGUUCUUGUCUUUAAUAGAAGGGGAAACAUUAUUUUUAAAUUAGGGGCUCCAAAAUGGAUGAUCUUUUAUAAGCAAGAUUUCUUUAAAAUCCCUUGGAUAAGGGAUUUGUUUUUCUUGAAUUUGAACUCCAUUCUUGUGGGUAAUUUGUAUUUGGAAUUCCUGGUUGCAUUGCUUUAUCUGGUGCUUCAUAUUGACAUUUACACGUUUUUAUAUAAGUUAAGUAUAUAAACUUCAAGCCUUCCUUUGUGAUCAGGGGCAGUUACACUCUGGUUUGCUGUGGUACUUUGCUGUGUACUCUGUGGCAUUCAUGUUACUGUGUAAAUAAACUAGUUUUAUUACACUCCA